GGUGAAGGAAGGGCUGAGCUGCCGGGGGACCAAAACAAAGGUGGUGGUCUGGUGUUAGGGGUCAUGCUCUGCCGGGAUCUGAGUUGUUCUAUUUGGCCGGAGACUCUGCUGCUUUGCCCCCUCCAAAGGGCUCUUUUCUUGGAAAAGCCAGGCGGGAGGAGCGGGAACCAUGAACCAGCAGCUGGAUGCUGCGCGGCCAAUCAACUGGACCAUUAGGAAACUGUGCGCUGCAGCCUUCCUACCAUCUGUACGCCUGCUCAAGGCACAGAAAUCGUGGAUUGAGAGAGCCUUCAACAAGAGAGAAUGUGUUCAUAUCAUAGUGAGUGCCAAAGACCCCCAUAGGUGCUGCUGUGGCCGUCUGAUUGGUCAGCACGUUGGCCUGCCCCCCGGCAUCUCUUCCAGUCAGAAUGACAAGACGGAGCGUCUGGCUAAGAAUGACAGCCUAUCAGAGAAAUGGUCAAUCAGCAAACACACCCAGCUCAGCCCCACCGACGCCUUCGGAACCAUUGAGUUCCAGGGAGGGGGCCACUCCAACAAAGCCAUGUAUGUGCGUGUGUCCUACGACACCAAGCCAGACCUCCUGCUGCACCUGAUGACCAAGGAGUGGCAGCUGGACCUUCCCAAGCUGCUCAUCUCGGUGCAUGGGGGCCUGCAGAACUUUGAGUUGCAGCCCAAACUCAAACAGGUCUUUGGCAAGGGCCUCAUCAAGGCUGCAAUGACAACCGGAGCCUGGAUUUUCACCGGCGGGGUCAACACAGGGGUGAUCCGGCAUGUGGGUGAUGCGCUAAAGGACCAUGCCUCUAAAUCUCGGGGGAAGAUCUGCACUAUUGGCAUCGCCCCCUGGGGCAUCGUGGAGAACCAGGAGGACCUGGUGGGAAAAGACGUGGUCCGACCAUACCAGACCAUGUCCAACCCACUGAGCAAGCUGACCGUGCUCAACAGCCUGCACUCCCACUUCAUCCUGGCCGAUAAUGGGACCACAGGGAAGUACGGUGCUGAGGUCAAACUCCGCAGACAGCUGGAGAAACACAUCUCCCUGCAGAAGAUCAACACACGUAUUGGUCAGGGAGUGCCGGUGGUGGCUCUGAUAGUGGAGGGUGGUCCUAAUGUGAUCUCCAUCGUGUUGGAGUACCUGAGGGACACUCCGCCUGUCCCCGUGGUGGUGUGUGACGGGAGCGGGCGUGCCUCAGACAUCCUGGCAUUUGGACACAAGUACUCCGAGGAGGGAGGGAUCAUAAAUGAGACUCUGAGGGACCAGUUGCUGGUGACCAUACAGAAGACAUUCACGUACAGCCGCACCCAAGCCCAACACCUCUUCAUCAUCCUCAUGGAAUGCAUGAAGAAGAAGGAGUUGAUAACAGUUUUUCGGAUGGGGUCUGAAGGACACCAGGACAUUGACCUGGCCAUUCUCACUGCUCUGCUUAAAGGAGCCAACGCAUCGGCUCCUGACCAGCUCAGCCUGGCCCUGGCCUGGAACCGAGUAGACAUCGCUCGCAGUCAGAUCUUCAUCUAUGGACAACAGUGGCCUGUGGGUUCUCUGGAGCAGUCUAUGCUGGAUGCCCUGGUGCUGGACAGAGUGGACUUCGUCAAGCUGCUGAUCGAGAACGGAGUGAGCAUGCAUCGCUUCCUCACUCUCUCCAGACUGGAGGAGCUCUACAACACGAGGCAUGGACCAUCCAACACUCUAUACCACCUGGUCAGAGACGUCAAAAAGGGUAACCUCCCACCAGAUUACCGCAUUAGUCUCAUUGACAUUGGAUUGGUCAUCGAGUACUUGAUGGGCGGAGCUUACCGAUGCAACUACACCAGGAAGAGGUUUAGAACGCUGUAUCAUAACCUCUUUGGACCCAAACGACCCAAAGCCCUGAAACUGCUGGGGAUGGAGGAUGACAUGCCGAUCCGAAGGGGUCGUCAGAAGACUACACGGAAGCGGGAGGAGGAGGUGGACAUUGACCUGGACGACCCUGAGAUAAACCACUUCCACUUCCCCUUCCAUGAGUUGAUGGUGUGGGCCGUGCUGAUGAAGAGACAGAAGAUGGCACUGUUCUUCUGGCAGCACGGGGAGGAGGCCAUGGCUAAAGCCCUGGUGGCUUGUAAGCUGUGUAAGGCCAUGGCCCACGAGGCCUCCGAGAACGACAUGGUGGACGACAUCUCACAGGAGCUCAACCAUAACUCCAGUGAGUUUGGCCAGCUAGCCGUUGAGCUGCUGGACCAGUCUUACAAGCAGGAUGAGCAGAUGGCCAUGAAGCUGCUAACCUACGAGCUGAAGAACUGGAGUAACGCCACCUGCCUUCAGCUGGCUGUGGCCGCCAAGCACCGCGACUUCAUCGCCCACACUUGCAGCCAGAUGCUGCUCACCGACAUGUGGAUGGGACGGCUGCGCAUGCGCAAGAACUCUGGACUUAAGGUGAUCUUGGGCCUGCUGCUGCCUCCAUCCAUCCUGAGUCUGGAGUUCAAGAACAAGGAUGAGAUGUCAUAUAUGCCCCAGGACCAGGACACUUACCUGCAGGAGAAGGAGGAGGAGCCUGAGAAGCCUGCCAAUGAGAAGGAAGAAGAGGACAUGGAGUUCACAGUAAGAUCCUACUGUGAGACGCAGUACAACUCCGUGGCCAUGCUGGGUAAGGUAAGCACGGAGGCGUCUCGUAAGAAGGGCGUGGGGGAGGUCCAGAAUAGACACCGGCUCAUCCCCAUGGGCCGGAAGAUCUACGAGUUUUACAACGCCCCCAUCGUCAAGUUCUGGUUUCACACAAUGGCCUAUGUGGCAUACCUGAUGCUGUUCAACUAUAUUGUGCUGGUGAAGAUGGACCUGUGGCCCUCACCGCAGGAGUGGAUAGUCAUCGCUUACAUCUUCACCAAUGGCAUCGAGAAGAUGAGAGAGAUUCUGAUGUCGGAGCCGGGGAAGCUGUUGCAGAAGGUAAAGGUGUGGCUUCAGGAGUACUGGAACAUCACAGACCUCAUGGCCAUCCUCAUCUUCUCUGUGGGCAUGGUGCUCCGCCUCCAGGAGCCGCCCCUCAUGAGUUACGGCCGGGUCAUCUACUGCGUUAACAUCAUCUAUUGGUACAUCCGGCUGCUCGACAUCUUUGGCGUCAACAAAUACCUGGGCCCCUAUGUCAUGAUGAUCGGCAAGAUGAUGAUUGACAUGAUGUACUUUGUGAUCAUCAUGCUGGUAGUGUUGAUGAGUUUCGGAGUGGCCAGGCAGGCCAUCCUGAAUCCCAAUGAAGACCCGUCCUGGAUGCUGGCUCGGAACAUCUUCUUCAUGCCUUACUGGAUGAUCUAUGGAGAGGUGUUCGCUGAUCAGAUCGACCAUGUACAUAGUAGGAAGCUAAAGCACAGGCUGAAUUCAAAACUCUGGAUGAUCGAAAAUCAGUUUCGAGCUCAUGGAACCUGGCGUAAUAAUGCUCCAUGUGGCCAGAAUAUCACCACAGAGGACGGGCAUGUUGUGGCUCUGCCGCCCUGUAAGACGGGAGCCUGGAUCGUUCCUGCCAUCAUGGCCUGCUACCUUCUGGUGGCCAACAUCCUGCUGGUCAACCUGCUCAUCGCUGUUUUCAACAACACCUUCUUUGAGGUGAAGUCCAUCUCCAACCAGGUGUGGAAGUUCCAGAGGUACCAGCUCAUCAUGACCUUCUACGAGCGGCCCAUCCUCCCCCCUCCCCUCAUCAUCUUCAGUCACAUGACCAUGGUCCUCAAGCACCUGUGCUGUCGCUGGCGUAAGCACGACGAUGACGAGAGAGACUAUGGGCUGAAGCUCUUCAUCACUGAAGACGAGCUAAAGAAAGUGCAUGACUUUGAGGAGCAGUGCAUCGAGGAGUACUUCCGCGAGAAGGAUGACCGCUUCAACUCCUCAAAUGACGAGAGGAUCCGAGUGACAUCAGAGAGAGUGGAGAACAUGGCCAUGCGCCUGGAGGAGGUGAAUGAGAGAGAACACUUCAUGAAGUCAUCUCUGCAGACCGUGGACAUACGGCUGGCCCAGAUGGAGGAGCUGAUUGGUCGGAUCGCUGUGGCUCUUGAGCGAGUCACGGGGGUGGAGCGGGGGGAGGUCAACAAGGCCCGCUCACGCACCUCCUCGGACUGCACAGACUCGGCCUACAUGCUGCGUCAGGGUGAGUGCCCAGAUGCGGCUUACAUCCUGCGCCAAAGCAGCUUCAACAGCCAAGAGGGGAACUCCUACCGGCUCAAUGAGGGUGCAGAGGGCUCCAUGUCUCCGCCUUCCCCCACCGGCCUGGCCACUCGCACACGCAGUCACUCCUUCUACGUGGGCGGAGGUCUUGAGCGAGCUGGGGCCGACAGGGCCGAAAGGGCCGACCGUUUCCUCAAGGAGCGCUCCUUCAGCCUGCACCGAGCCAAUAGCUCACAGUCGGUGGCCUCGGGUACCGCCCCCAAGGAGUCUAAGCCCCUCCCACUGGCCACGCUGUCCAUCUCCCAGCAGCACCGCCCCUCUUCCUGCAUCGACAUCUAUGUGUCGGCAUCCGAGGAGGCGGGGCCAGCCGAGGUCUUCUCGGACCCGCUGAGGAUGGGCCCUCCCCUCCGGCACGACUCUUCGCUCCAUUCUGAGAUUAUGGAGGCGGUGCUGUCGAGCGGGAGGGACUACAGCGGAGGCAGCGGAUUGGGCGACAGACACUCGGAGGGUGGUGCAGUGUUCGAGGACAGCGCGGCUGCAGACCUGUCGCUAUGCUCCGCCCACCUUCUCCCAGAUAACACCAUGCCGACCUGGGACCUGGACCCCUCCCCACCCCCGUCAGCGGGGCCACUGGAGCGCUCCAAGAGCAGCCGUUACCUGUCCACUGGCGGCAGGGGCUACCUAGAAGAGACUCAGCUGGUCAAAUCUCACAGCCUCAUGUUUACACCGCGAGGCUGCUACGGAGGCCUAGGGGCAGGGGUUCAGGUGAAAGCGGCUGAGUACACCAGCAUCACCGACUGCAUAGACACCAGGUGUGUCUCCGCCCCUUACUCCACCGCAGAGCGCUCCCACUCCCCCGGAGGCUCCACCUCAUUCCCCUUCAAUAAGCCCCCGGACUUGGGCUCCUCCCACCCAGAGCGCGAGGCCGAGCUCAGCCACACAGAGUCAGACCCUGAAGACCCAGAGGACCUGGCCCCGGCCCCCGAGCCCCAUCGCAUGGGGAGGGGCUUAAGAGGGGCGAGUGGGACCCCAUUCUGCUCACCCUUCUCCAGGCUGGAACGAGCUAACAGCUGCUCCUCAGAUGACUCCUCCCACCCAUCAUUGGCCCCUCCUUCACACAGAAAAAGCCUGUCGGUCAGUGAGAGGAUGGAGAGGGGUGCAGACCGUGGGGUUCUGGGGGGACCCAGGAACCCCUUCCUGAGGAGCAAGUCAGGGGCACGGCCCGACACCAAGACAGACAGCCUUUCCAUGAGAAAGCUGACCACCCCCUCUGCGUUCAGCAGCUUCGACAGUAGACACAACUACACGUGACAAUGAUGAAGAAAACAGGACAGGGACAGGGCACACUCUGUUACUAUACAGGACCAUAGGGCCAGCCAGGGGUAAAGGCAAGGGUCAUGGGGAGGGCUCCUACCAGUGUAAAACAAAGUGCUAUGAAGCUAGGGUAGUUCUUACCUCCUCCUGAAGCUGACUCUUGUUGUAUGUUUGGUGAUGGAGGGUAUGUGCCGUGUCUGUCUACCAUCUUUUUAGUCAAGUCAACACAUUGUUACUGUAAUGCAUCACGUCACAGAACACUGGUGUAGCCCAAAUAGAAAGUAUAAAAAUGACAUCUCUGAUAGGACAGUUUAGUCAGUCUUUAGAAAAUAAUAAACUUGGCCACCUGACAAUAUAAGACUGGAGGUCAGAAUUGUCACCUCAACCAAAAUUUCCUCAGGUUCCCUAGUUUCCUCUUUGCCCUUAAACUGCCCAUACUCAUGGAUAUGACUCUACACUUCUGUGCUUCCACCACUGAAAUAGCACUCUGUCUUUCCACCACUGAAAUAGCACUCUGUCUUUCCACCACUGAAAUAGCACUCUGUCUUUCCACCACUGAAAUAGCACUCUCUUUCCACCACUGAAAUAGCACUCUGUCUUUCCACCACUGAAAUAGCACUCUGUCUUUCCACCACUGAAAUAGCACUCUGUCUUUCCACCACUGAAAUAGCACUCUGUCUUUCCACCACUGAAAUAGCACUCUCUUUCCACCACUGAAAUAGCACUCUGUCUUUCCACCACUGAAAUAGCACUCUCUUUCCACCACUGAAAUAGCACUCUGUCUUUCCACCACUGAAAUAGCGUUCAGUCUUUUCACCACUGAAAUAGAAUUCAGUCUUUUCACCACUGAAAUAGCACUCUGUCUUUCCACCACUGAAAUAGCACUCUGUCUUUCCACCACUGAAAUAGCACUCUGUCUUUCCACCACUGAAAUAGCGUUCAGUCUUUUCACCACUGAAAUAGCGCUCUGUCUUUCCACCACUGAAAUAGCACUCUGUCUUUCCACCACUGAAAUAGCGUUCAGUCUUUUCACCACUGAAAUAGCACUCUGUCUUUCCACCACUGAAAUAGCACUCUGUCUUUCCACCACUGAAAUAGCGUUCAGUCUUUCCACCACUGAAAUAGCACUCUGUCUUUCCACCACUGAAAUAGCACUGCAUGCUACAACAGUAGCAACAGUAGUAACCUCAUCCCCAGGGUAAUUGUACAUACCGCAUAUAAGCCUGAAACACCACCGACUCAAAUCUGGCCAAUGUGGUAGUAAAAAAUAAAAACUACAAAAACAUUUUUGAUCUUAGCGAAUCACACGACUGGGCGUUGUGUCUCCUAUUCAAAAAACUUGUGCGACGCUAGCAAGACGGAGGUGGGAAGUGCUCAGAUGGAGGUGAUUGAUUACAAAUAAAGCCAAUGGCUAUGGAUUAUAACUUUUUCCUGAUCUUUCUGUUGGGAUAAUGAAGGCCACGUUUGAAGUUUUGGUCCACCAGACUGUCCAAGCAUGCAUAAGCGACAUAAGCGGUCGCUUCCGGGGGCCCCCCACCCCCCCAACAAAACUCAGUCUGGGAACUCAGUUGAGGUCUCAACUUACUGUUGAGAGAUAGAAUAGAAGAAUACACACGGUGUAAGUUCGAAAUUUGGUUGUGCAUCAGCAGUUAUUGUUUUCUUGUUUUGUCAUUCAAUGACAGUCAUUCAAUUAGCCAUGUCAGCUAACAAUUUUUACAUUGAUAAGUUAGUCUAGCCAGUUAUCUAAACAGUGCCCAGGGGCCCAAAUUGAUUUUGUUAGUCACGCUCACUCAGAUAUCAUUAACAUUUCAUAAAUCAUGGCAAAAUGGGUAGAGUUGCAGGAAAUUAGAUUUAAAUUGCAAAAAUGUCUCUCUGCCGCAUGGCAAAAUGAGUAGAAUUGUAUGAAAUAUGUUAUAAAAUUGCAACAUUUUAUCUCCGUGUCAUGCCAAAAUGUGUAGAACGGCAGAAAACGUACUUAAAAACUGCAAAAUGUUAUUGCUGCCCCAUGGCAAAAUCAGUAGAAUGAAUGAAAUGUGUUAGAAAUGUGCUACAUUUUCUCUCCGCCCCAUGGCAAAAUUUGUAGAAAAUGAAAUGUAAAAUUACUAAAAUUAUCUCCACCGUCAAGAGGGGGGCCACUAAACAUUUUGCCCUGUGUCAGAGCAUUGGAG